AUAAACGUUGUAGAGACGCUGACUGUCUGGAAAGGAAAGCGAUGUCAGUCUGUCGCAGACCCCCACAUGAGAACGUUUGAUGGAUAUGCCUAUGAAUGCCAGCAUACGGGUUGUGCCACUGGAAUAACCAGCAUUCUCUUUGAGAAUAAAGAACAUAAUCAACAGGUACAAGUGAGGCACCACAAAUGCUUUAAUCCGAAUGCUAGAUGUAUUUGUGCUAUAGCUGUUCGCUCUGGGAGAGACGUGUUCAUUUUUGAUGCCUGUAAUGGACGCCAGUAUAUUAAUUUUCCAAUCUGUGAUGAUAAAUCAUUAAAGGUGGUGAGGGUGACAGACAAAUCGUACAAGAUAUUCUUUCCAACGGGAACAUAUGUCGCCACGACUCUCAAUAUGGCCAGAGACUGGUUUAUACAGACACAGGUGUAUCCGUCUGUUGCUGACGUAGGGAAAUCGGGUGGACUAUGUGGUCUCUUGGAUGGGAAUAUUAAGAAUGAUUUGACAAGACGAUCUGGAAUAGUUGACGAUCCAAACAGUUUCAACUACCGUUCUCCUCCGGAUGCAUUCUCUAUAUCAUGGAGAGCUAGUUCAACAGAGGAUCUGUUUGCUCCUUCCAUGAAUUUCGGGACAUUGAAGUCUUUAUCGUUGACAAAGGUAAAAUUCUGUGCGUGUAACAAGGGUGUAACUGAGUGCAGCUAUCAACAAUUCACAGACUGUAGCGAUAUCACGCGGGGAAAGGAGUAUGAAUGUAUUCUUCACAGUAGCAUCAGCAGACGCAAGCGUCAUGCAAUAUACAUGCAAUCUUUCUCUCCGGAUCCCAUUGAACUUACUCUUUCAACCAGAGUUAAACGACAAGCUUAUGAUAUAACUGAGAACGCAACAACUACAUGCAGAGCGGCAUUCGAAGCGUCCUUUGCAUACAAAACCUGUCAAGAUAAUGUCGCAGAUUUUUCGAGUGACUCCGUGAAGGAUUGUAUCUUGGAUGUGUCGUUAACAGGAGAUCCUUCCUUAGUAAUAUUCCACAUAGAAAGCGCCAUCGACCAAUGUAAAGCUUUCAUCAACCUCAACGAAACGCUUCAACAGGCGAAACCAGAAGUAGCAAGAGAAAUAACUAGCAUAUGUCAGAAUAACUGCAGCAAUCACGGAACAUGCAAAAAUGGAAGCUGUUUCUGUGAUAACGGGUUCGGCGGUAGCGAUUGUUCCUUUGAUAAGACGAUACCUCCCAACAUAACGGAGGUGUUGGUCGGUGAAUUGUGCGACAAGUCUACGGAAGUGUGUAACUCAAUCACGUUCUUUGGAAAAUAUUUUGUGGAAAAUACCAAUUCUACAUGCUACAUCAAAGUUAAUGAUUUUUCCGAUCUUGGUAUAAUCGAAAGCAGGAUGACGUACAAGAAACCCCUUGAAGUUCACACACUGUAUGAGGCAAGCUGCCCAAAUCCCAACAUCAACACAUCAUCUUGGAUACAUCAAUUCAUUUUCAAUGUUUCCAAUGAUGGUCAGAAAUUCACCAGGACUUUGUCGGUUUUCGUUUAUGAUUCCAAGUGUCAGAUUCUACGCAAUAACUCUAAGAUGGCCACCUUUACAUUAUCAGCAAGUGACUCUUUCAUUACUAUAUCUUUACCAUGUUAA